CACCACACACUCGAUCGUCGAAAACCGCUCUGAGAAAUACAAUGCGAAAUAGUGAACACAAAGUGGGCCCGCACAAAUCCCGAAAUAUCGGCUCUGACAGGAAUGCGCCCGCCACCACCCGUCUGUGCUCCAGAUGCGUGCUCGAUGCUCCUGUGAUCGCGUACGUGCAAUCCGCGAUCACUUCCGACUUCCUGACGGCCCGAAAUGCGCCUCGGAAGUCCGCUGUCCCGUAUCUCCAAAACCGUGCGUCGGAUGACGAAACCGACGUCGCCGUUGGAACCGCAGCGCGUCAAAACCCCCGGGGUAGCAUCCCCGUCGAAAUCCGGGUCGGUCGCCGGAGGUUGCCGGAAUCCGGUCACCGGUCGUCUUCUCCGGGAACUGGUUUUCGGUCAAACUCGACCAAAACCAACGCGACCAGAACUGAUGCGUUAGCCUCCUCCUUGCGGUGCUCUCCGCGCCAACCGUCGCUUGAAAUACCUCCCGGAUCGGUGAAACCGAGCUCUCCAAGUUUCGGUCGCCGGAAUCCCGCCAUCCGGCAACACCACUGCCCAAGACCGGGCUCUCCAAGCUCGCCUCAACAUGCCGUGCAAGGAUCCGCAGGCUGUGAGAAUCACCUCCCUCACCGGAGAGAGAUCCGAGCCCUCCAAAGGUAGCCCUCUCCUCUCUCUCUUUCUUUGUUUCGAUUUGCACCCGAGAGCUCCACACCAAGCGAACGCACGGACCCCUCACCAAAGUCAAAAUGGUGGGGUUACGGUGCGUCAUAAAAUAACAGGUGGCACACGAAAGUUA